CUGAGGUCCCGGCAGUCGGAGAGGCGGCUGCAGGCCCCUCCCUGCGGAGCCGCUGGUCCGGCAGGCGGGGAUGUGACCGCGGGCCCUGUCGGCCUGCCCCGGGCGUCGCCUCAGCUGCCGUGCCAGUGCCCUCCGUCCACACCGAUGGCGGGAUCCGGCUGCGCGUGGGGCGCGGAGCCGCCGCGGUUUCUGGAAGCCUUCGGGCGGCUGUGGCAGGUACAGAGCCGCCUGGGGAGCGGCUCCUCGGCCUCGGUGUACCGGGUGCGCUGCUGCGGCACCCCCGGCUCGCCCCCCGGCGCCCUCAAGCAGUUCUUACCGCCGGGAACCACGGGCGCCGCGGCCUCGGCCGCCGAGUACGGUUUCCGCAAAGAGAGGGCGGCGCUGGAGCAGUUGCAGGGUCACAGGAACAUCGUGACUUUGUAUGGAGUCUUUACAAUCCACUUCUCUCCAAAUGUGCCAUCACGCUGUCUGUUGCUUGAACUCCUGGAUGUCAGUGUUUCGGAAUUGCUUUUAUAUUCCAGUCAUCAGGGUUGUUCCAUGUGGAUGAUACAGCAUUGUGCCAGGGAUGUUCUGGAGGCCCUUGCUUUUCUUCACCAUGAGGGUUAUGUCCAUGCAGACCUCAAACCACGUAACAUAUUGUGGAGUGCAGAGAAUGAAUGUUUUAAACUCAUUGACUUUGGACUUAGCUUCAAAGAAGGUAAUCAGGAUGUGAAGUAUAUUCAGACAGACGGGUAUCGGGCUCCAGAAGCAGAACUGCAAAAUUGCUUGGCCCAGGCUGGCCUGCAGAGUGAUACAGAAUGUACCUCAGCUGUUGAUCUUUGGAGCCUAGGAAUCAUUUUACUGGAAAUGUUCUCAGGAAUGAAACUGAAACAUACAGUCAGAUCUCAGGAAUGGAAGGCAAACAGUUCUGCUAUUAUUGAUCACAUAUUUGCCAGUAAAGCAGUGGUGAAUGCCGCAAUUCCAGCCUAUCACCUAAGAGACCUUAUCAAAAGCAUGCUUCAUGAUGAUCCAAGCAGAAGAAUUCCUGCUGAAAUGGCAUUGUGCAGCCCGUUCUUUAGCAUUCCUUUCGCCCCUCAUAUUGAAGAUCUGGUGAUGCUUCCGACUCCAGUGCUAAGACUACUGAAUGUGCUGGAUGACGAUUAUCUCGAGAAUGAAGAGGAAUACGAAGAUGUUGUAGAGGAUGUAAAAGAGGAAUGUCAAAAAUAUGGACCAGUGGUAUCUCUCCUUGUUCCAAAGGAAAAUCCUGGCAGAGGACAAGUUUUUGUUGAAUAUGCAAAUGCUGGUGAUUCCAAAGCUGCUCAGAAAUUACUGACUGGAAGGAUGUUUGAUGGCAAGUUUGUUGUGGCUACAUUCUACCCACUGAGUGCCUACAAGAGGGGAUAUCUGUAUCAAACUUUGCUUUAAUCAGUAACCUAAGGAUUCUUUCCUGUUUCUCCUCCUCCAUUUCCUGGGUUAUUGUAUUCUAUAUCUGAAUGCAGAAGUACCCCCUUACCAUUUUAAGGGAAUACUUUGUACAUUUAUUUAAUCCUACUCAUGUGGCUGCAUUGCAGACGUUUGGCACUGAGUAGGACAAGACCUCUCAGCUAUACAUUGAGGGGUUCUAGAGCAUCCAUAUGGGCAACCUUCUUUUGUGCAGUAGGGCGAGUGCUGCUCUUCAGUAUGUAACCUAAAAAGAUUAAUUAUUUCAUGUGAUCAUGAAGCAAGGAUGAAUAAUAUCAUGUCAUAGUGAAUAUUAACAAAUUUGUCAAGAGUUGGUGACAUCCCUUACAGGUUGUUCCUUUAUGUUGUCAGGUGGUUCUUCCUUAUCACUGAUAUUCAUAGCUGGCCCUGGAUGCUCCCAGUCAUUGUUAAGUAACUGUCAAGCAGCAAUUACCUACUGUGUUCUUAACACUGAGUUACAAAUUUUUUUAAAGGAGUACUGUAGUACUGAAUAUUCCUUUAAAGAAACUGCAGUGAGCCUAUCUACUUCUUUUUCUUUUUUUUUUUUUUUUAAUUAAGGCUUUUCAAAUAGAAAGCUGAUGCUUGAUCUUGCACAAUUUUUAUGUCUAGUAUGUAUGCUUGAGUGAGCGUGCAGGUAUGAAAGAUUAGAGAAGAUUUGAGUCAGCGUGCUUUAUAGUGUGAAUCUUGUGAGCUAAUACAGUCUAUACCUAUCUCUUCCCUAGCUGUUUCAUAUCUGUCAGGAUACAUGUUUUUUGAGAGUUGGUCUAUCUGAUAGAAUGUAAGUGAGAAAAUAGUUCAUUCCUGAGAGGCUCAGAACAAAUGAGUCUAGACUGAGUUACACUGAAACUCUCUUAAAGUGAUUGGAACAAAGCAAAAGAUCACCCUAUCCUCCAGUCUCCUUGAGACCCUGAUUAGCUCAUCUUUUUUGUACGGAAUCUCCUGUGAUCAUUGUACGAUUUCUCAAGAUACAGUUCUGCCUACAAUGAUGGAAAUUGAGUGGGUCAAAAAGAAAGAUGUUCAGUGAAGGGAAAAGAAAAAAUAGGCAAAGAGAAAGUGAACAAUCCAGGAUUCUUUUUUUUCUUCUUUCCUUUCUCUGUCAUCCCCUUCCCUCCCCUAUGUCUCCUCUUCACCCGUUCUCUGCCUGUCUCUGUAGCUGAAGAGAAGCUAGAGGAACAGCAUCCCAGAUGGUCUGGCUUUUGACUGCAGGGAAGUUAAGAAAGGUGUAGCUCUCAUAAGAUGGAAGUAGAAAGGAAGAAAAACUCAUAAAGAAUUCUUAGAAGGAUUCUCGGCAAUCUAAUGUGUCCCUGAGCACAGGAUGCUGGUAUGCAUGAGUUUGUGAACAUGGGUUGAUGACGUGGUUUUAGGAAUUGUAAUUAUGGAUUCCUCCCACUUUAUGGUAGAUUGACUUCAAAGGUUUAAAACUUAGGAAACCUUUAUAAAGCACUGAUUAUACAAAAAAAAAAGUUGUAUACAGGUUAUGAAUUUUCUUCUUAUUUCCUUAUCUAAAUGAAAAUUUUUAAUUUUUUUUCCUAAGGAAAAAGCCUUUUAUAUCUUUCCCUGUUGGAAGCCUCCUCAUAGAGUCUUUCCUUGUGUGUGCCAUGCAGGUUAUUGAGAGCCCAGCUAGGAAUUUACAUUUCAGAGGAUGAAUUAUCUUACCUAUUCAUAUUACUAUUACUAUUUGACAUUUGAGUUAUUUACAGUUAUAUUAUUCAGGACUCACCCUUAAUAUUUAUUAUGAAGCCAAAUUUGGUGUAAGGAGGCUGAUUUAUGAAUUGCCAAAAGGCCUUGUGGCAUGGUCCCCAAGGGAAAAUUGUAAGUGUCUAGUAGGUGCCCUUAGGAGGAACUGUUAUUUCUCAUUUUGGCCCUCUCAGAAAUUGAUUAGCUGGUUUGUUUCCAAAUAAAAAUUCAAAAGAGUGUAACCAAUACUCUGGAGACCUAAGCUUUCCUAAAACAAAUGUUUGUAGGGGUAGCAGCUUCAGUGAUUAGAAACACUAGGUUCUUCCAUAUAUACCGAUGAACACAGAAUACAAAUGAGUUCUUAAGAGCAGGUAUUCUAGGCUAGCGCAUGUCCCUUUCUCAUUCCCCCCACCCCCACCAAGAAAAAACCCUGACAAGUAAACUGCAGGUAGGCUUCCGAGCUUAGGGAUGCAGUAUGCUGCUAGCAUCUUGAUGCUGAAUUUCACCACAUUCCUGGAUUGUCUUACUGCUCUUGUAUUCAUACCUAUGUGUAGUGUUUGACACUGUAGAAUUGUAUUACAGAAGAUGCUAACUAGAUUUUAAGGGAGCUAAGGGACUAAUUGAUGAGCCUAAGUAACCAUGCGUUGAAUUAAAUAUUUUAUAUUAAAGCCACAGAAUUGAAAAAAGAUGCCUCCUGCGAUUUAAAUGGUGAUUUUAUAGCUUUUAGCCCAUUACUACCAAAGAUGACAUUUGCAGAUCCUCCCUCCCUCCUCUGAUAUUAUAAGAAGUUUAAUCUUACUGUCUUUCUCAAACCUGAACCAAAUAUUACCAAAAGAUGCAAUUUUUAUGAUUCUUUUAGGGUGAAAUAUAUACACAGAGAUUUUGAUUUCUUGAAGUUACUAAAAACCUAGGAAUUUUCUUUUUGAGAGGCAGGGUAAAGAGGCGAGGGUUUUUGUCACUUAAACCUUACUCUUUUGGACAAAUUUGAUCUCAGGUAGUUUUUCUUUCCCUAAGUUAACGUCUGUGCUUCCUUUCCUCUUGCCUUUCCAAUUUCUUCUUAUUCCAUGGUUUCGUCAUGGUACAUUUUUGGCCCAGAAAAGACAUGUAAAUUGAUUAUUCUGUAGGAAAUCUUUGGUUCUUGGGAAACAUUCAGAGGAGGUCGCUAGCUAGCCACUUUCAAAACUCGAAUGCUCCAUUUCAAGGAGAGCAAGUGGCAUCCGACAGCUCAGUAAAAGAUAGCACUAACUCCAACUAUUGGCUGCAUUUUAAAGGAAUAAUAAAAAAUUAUCCUCUUGCAGUAAGAGAUUGCACUUGCUACCACUGGAUGUCUUCCUUUGGUCUGUGGCCAUCAGUAGAGCAACUCUUCGGGGAAAUUCCUUCUCUGCUAUGCCUUGAGCCCAAAGUGGCUGCUUUUGGAACAAAACCAUAAAUACAGUUUUACCUGUCCUUUCCUUUGUUUUCAUUGAGACAAGGAUUGCCUUCUUUUUGGUACUCCAGCUGCUAAAGCAUGCUGAGAUAUGUUAAGUUAACCUUUAAGAAAAAAAAAAAAGAUCCUUGAAUUCUUAUUUAACUUGCCUUCUAGAUUAUAU